AUGAACCGCGCCGUGUCCAGCCUGCUAACCCGCCACGCCGCCCGCCUCGGUUCCUUGUGCACCUCCUCCUCCUCCUCGCCGGCGUCGGAGGCGUGGGACGGGCGGUUCCGGCUGCACAAGCCGCGGGGGCAGCACCUGCUCACCAACCCGCGCAUCCUCGACGCCAUCGUCCGCCACGCCGCGCUCCGCCCGGGCGACGCCGUGCUCGAGGUCGGCCCCGGCACCGGCAAUCUCACAGCCCGCCUCCUCGCCUCCCCAGUCCACCACGUCACCGCCGUCGAGAUCGACACCCGCAUGGUGGAAGCCGUCACGGCCCGUGCCGCCGCGCUCGACCUCGCCCAAAAGCUCACGGUGAUCCAGGACGACGCGGUGGAGGCCGACUUCCCGGAGUUCGACGUCUGCGUGGCCAACAUCCCGUACGGGAUCUCCUCGCCGCUGAUCGCGAAGCUGCUCUUCGGCGCCUACCGCUUCCGGACGGCGACGCUCCUUCUGCAGAAGGAGUUCGCGCAGCGCCUCGUGGCCGUGCCGGGCGAUUCGGAGUAUAACCGUCUCGCGGCGAACGUUCGCAUGGUGGCGGACGUGAAGCUGCUCAUGGACGUGAGCAAGAGGGACUUUGUGCCCAUGCCCAGGGUAGACUCCUCCCUCGUCGAGAUCCGGCCGAGAGCGGCCAUGCCCGACGUCGACCUCGCCGAGUGGCUGGCCUUCACGCGGGAGUGCUUCGGUCAGAAAAACAAGACCCUCGGUGCCAUCUUCAAGCAGAAGAGGAAGGUCCUGGACCUUUUCAAGCGGUCUCAGAGAGCCGAGAGAUGCACAGGCGAUGCCACUGGCAGUGGCAUCAUCCUUGGUGUUCUUGAUGACGGUGAUCAUGAAGCCUGCAGCGAUGAAGACGACAGCAGCGACCGAGUUGCUGGCUUCAGCGAGGAAGAGGUCGGGGCGUUCAAAGAAAGGAUUGCCAGUGCCUUGGACUCCUCAGAGCUCGCCGGAAAGAGGCCAACAAAGAUGUCAAACGACGAGCUUCUGCGUUUGCUCAGGCUUUUCAACGAGCGAGGGAUACGGUUUCAGUAGCACUUCUCGGUGUCAAGGUGCAUCGGGCUUCUUAUUGCCCACUGAUACGCAUACUCUACCAAUAUGCUUACUGAAAUGGUCUCCCCUUAUCUGAAACAGACUGGUACACGAGUGGACGUCACCAUGAAAAAUAGCACUGAAAGGAAUUUGACAAUGGACUGAAUUGUUUUACUGAUGCGGAGAGUAUCAUCAAAUUUGUCA